AGUCUGUGACAGGUCUCAUAAGUUUGGGUCAACAUGUCAGUUAGCAUGUAAUGAUGGCUCCUGUGAAGGGAAGCUGCUGUGUCCGGCUGACCCGUUUGGCUGCACCUGUGGUCCAAAAUACACAGGUGUCAGGUGCAGAGAUGCCUGCCCAGAUGGAACGUUUGGACCAGGCUGUACCGGGACGUGCCACUGUAAAGGGGGGUGUAACAGUGCCACUGGGGUGUGUGAUCAACAGGGCUGUGCCGCAGGAUGGUCAGGGCCAAACUGUCAAGUGGUCUCCACUAAUGCUGUGAACUUUUUUGCGACCCCUGAGCAAGACAGAUGGCUCAACAUGUACACUGCAGCAAGGCAUAACAAUGUGGACAGUGCACGAUGUGCCAAGUACUGCCUACAAGGCACAGGCCUUGCUAGAGGACUUACAUGCAGGUCAUUUGACAUGUACAAUCCCGGGGGCUCCUUGCCCUUGCAAUGUCGGCUAAACACAGAGAAUAAGGAUGUGGCAGGGAGCCCUGGUCUGUCUGUCAACAAUGGUGGAAGCUACUACCAGAGAGAAGACUUUAGUGCCUGCUCAUCCCUGCCAUGUGCCAAUGGCGCCACCUGUCUGGAUAGAGCGGACCUGCGGUACACUUGCAUCUGUGGCCCUGGAUGGACGGGAACAAAAUGUGACUUAGCAUCCAGCGACCCUCUUGACUACUUUGCAAAGUACAGCAGUUCUAACCUUGAUGAGAACGAUGCUGAAACCAUCACAGGAAUUUCCCACUCAGACUGUGCAACACGCUGCCUACAGGGCACUGAAACUGUCUCCAGAGGCAGCUGCAAGUCUUUUGACUACCGCAUCUCGGAGCAGAAAUGUUACCUCAGCACCGCGAGCAAGGACACCAACCCUCAGCAGUUCCGUCAGGGAAAUGCUGACCUGGAGUACUACCAAAUGGAAGGCUCCGGACCCUGCUCCAGCCUGCCCUGCCAGCUCCCCCAGCGCUGUCAGACUGCAGACACUGACUCUGGUUACAGGUGCUUCUGCCCUAAUGGACGACUGGGACCCAGCUGUGAUGUUGAUGCCCAGGUGGACGUCGGCAUCGAGAGUAAGAAUUACCUGGUGGACACCAGCGAUGUGCAGAUGUACUGUCGCACCACCCACGGGAGUAUCGUACAGAACAACAUCAACAACGUGAACUUCCCCAUUAUACGUGAAAGGAGAGGCAAAAUAGAUAUAGGAAACCCUCUCACGACGUCCGGCAACUAUCGAAAGAUCUACAACUACGGGGUCUACCUGAUUGAGCCUGCAGGAGACCUCCGUGUGGGAGCCUUCUCCUGUCAAGUUCAGCAAGGACAACAAGUCAGGAAGGUUGUCACAUUGAACAUGAACAAGAACGCUAAGAUCCGACCAAAUGUCAUCACUCAGACUGUCAGCGUAGGCGAGAGGGUUACACUGUCAGUGAACACAGAUGAAGAUGUUACUGGCCAGCUGACUUGGCAUCGGGAUGGAGAUUUGGUAACAGGAGUCCAGACCAAAGACUACACCAUCGACUCUGUCAGACAAGCAAAUGUCGGAGUGUAUGAGGUCUUCCAGCAAGCCAAAUACCAUUCCUAUGAGCAUGCCUUCAUGAGACUACUUGUUAGAGGCUGUACCAAGGACAGAUGGGGUCCUCCUGACUGCCUAGGGUUUUGUCCCUUUUGUCAGAAUGGUGGAGUCUGUGAUGACGCCACCGGAGUCUGUGUCUGUGCUCCUGGCUUCAGAGGUGUCAACUGUGAAAAAGCCUGUCCUACAGGUUUCUUUGGUCCCACGUGCCAAUCCCGCUGUACGUUUGCCAACUGCCGUGAGAAGCUGAUCUGCCUGCCAGACCCUUACGGCUGCUCCUGUGCUGCCGGGUUCAAAGGCCUGGACUGUAACCAAGUAUGUGAUGCAGGUACUUUCGGUCCUGGCUGUGCUUUGACUUGUAACUGUCAGAGUGGAGGCUGCAAUAGUAUGACAGGCAUCUGUGGAUGUAAAGCAGGAUGGUCUGGAGAUUCAUGCCAGAUGGCCUCCAACAGUCCACAGGAGUACUUCAGCAAGCAAGACGAGAAGUUCUUGCUGAACAGCUCACCUGAAGGGUCCAUUACUGCCUCCUUAGAGGAGUGUGCUAGGCGAUGUGUCAAUGCACAGGAUUUGGAGUGUAAGUCUAUCAACUACCAACGAGACGAAAAUCGCUGCUGGCUGAACAACAAGAAUGAUGAUGAUGAUGCAAGUUUGCUGCAGCCCAUGGGUGGAAGGAACUACUAUAGGAGAGAGGACUUCAGUGAGUGUUCUAAGGUUCCCUGUCUGAAUCAAGGAGCUUGCUCUGUGUCAGAAACAUCUCCAAGAUACACCUGUGCCUGCGCACCUGGAUUCACUGGAAGCACCUGUGCAGAUGGUUAGGAGUCUAUAUUACAACUAUGUUUUUGUGAAAACUCUGUGCUCUGGAAUUGU